AAUUUAUCAGGAGGAUAAUUUCAUCGUGUUGUAAUCGUGUGGUGUGAAAACUUGGACUAGUUUAACCAAAAUGAGUGCAGAUGAUUUCGAUGAACUAAUUACGGAAACAUCAAGGAACAUUAACGAGCUGAUAAUGCUGUUCAACUCUAAAAAAUGUGAUGCAGAAGAAUUUGAUGAGUUGUUACGGUCAUUUCUUCCUAGUCAAAACCUUGGUGAUAGGUCAAUUCAUCUGACAAAAUUUCGUACAAAAGUUGCCGUAGAUAUACUGUCAAAAACCUCGGUUUUCGUAAAUCUUGUGUCAAUUUAUCGAGAAUUGGGAAGAAUGGCUAUUCCUUUGAGUUUUUUAACAUUAAAUCCACUUCCCGUUGAUAAAUGGGUCCUCAAACUUAUCGACUUCCAACAAUUUUUGUCAAAUUAUAUGACCGUCAGCAUAAGCUUUACACGGAAACUGAUCAAAUCUGAUAUAUAUUUGACAGAAGUACGGCGUAUAUUAAAUGCUACCAACACCAUGAAAAUGUCCGAGCUUGUACGAUCAUUAAUGGAUCACAUUAUCUCUGGAUUGAAUACUGCAUUAAUUUAUGAAAAUGAGUUUAUUACACAAAGGCUUAAAGAUUAUGGUCUACGUGAUAUUUUAUCGCGUUGUACUUGUCGUGAUCCAAAAAUUAAGUUGGCCAUAACCAUUUUUUUAACGUUUACCUACACUGAUAUCAGUCAACUUCAUCUAAAGGAAGAAUCCAUUGAGUUAUUCCUAAACUGCUUUGAUUAUUUUAUAGAUGAAGGAAUUGAAAGUGAUGAUUUGUUUAGUGCCUUUCAGUUUAAUAAAGUGCUACGUAUUUUGGCUUUGGAUGGUGAGAAUAGAAAUAAGUUUGCCCAGCGUGAUGUUGUGGGACGCCUGAAGUUGUUGCCGAAAUCUUUAUCUCAUGGUACAGAUGAAAUAUCAUUGACUACACGCAUUUUAUCCUCGAAACUUUCAAACGACGAUGCUAUCAUGGAGAUAAAGUUACUUGCGAUGGAAUUUUGCAACAAUGCGAUUGGAAUAGAAGAUGAAGUUAAAACGUUCACUGAAAGCUAUAGUGAUGAUGAAUAUAUACCUCAAUAUCCAUCGUCUGAAAAUGAAACUGAUGACGUAGAAUGUAGUGAAGUAAUAAAAGAAAAACCUCAAUUGAAUGGUCAUAUUAUGAUUAGCUACAGUCAUGAUGAUCAGGAGAUAGCGAUUAAGAUUAAAGAAAGGCUUGUGGAGGAAGAUAUCAAGAUUUGGAUUGACAAAGAGCACAUGGUCCAAGAUGUUAAGAUAUUAGAUGCUAUGGCAAGCGCUGUACAAAAUGCUGCAAUUGUAUUAAUACUUUUUUCUAAAUCAUACCAAGAUAGUGAAAACACUAAAGCAGAAGCGGAAUAUACUCGAAAACUAAAAAAACCGCCUAUUUUUCUGCGUGUUGAGCGAGGAUUUGUUCCAGACUCUUGGUUGGGCUUCAUGAUUGGUGAAAGUCGUUAUAUUGAUUUUUCAGGGAAAUAUCCUUUUGAAGAAAAAUUUGAAGAACUAUGCACUACGAUUAGUAAUAUUAGUCGAGGAUCGAUCACUGUGAAACGUGAGAAACCAGUGGAAAAUAAACCAAAUACAUGCGUUUCAAUGUAAUAUGAUGAUAUUGGUGAUCGGAAUGAAGAAUCCACCUCUUCUCAACCAAUUCGAUCUAACUUCUAACAAAAUCCUAUUUAUCUCCAUAUAUAUAUAUGUGAUACGUUUUCUGUUCAACAACAAUGAUGCUUGAUGAAUAAUGAUAACAGAAUUUAACUAUUCUUUUUAGUGUAUUGAGUUAUUUUUUUCAUUAACUUGAAAAAUUGCAACAUGUAUUAUUAUAACUUAGCAAACAAUUUUUGAGGAUGUCUUUUUCUAUACUACUUAUUUUAUAACUUUUGUUUGAUGUUUAUCAUCACCACUUUUUAUUUAUUUAUCAGAAAUACUACGUCUUUCUAAUACGCUUGUUGUUUUGUUGUAUUACAUCAUGGUAGUAUUUAAAGUGGUGGUAAUUGCCUGUGGAAAUCAUUUUCUGUAUAUGAGUACUGAAGUUUAUGACUUUAUUCAGUUCAGAUCUAUAGUUCAUUGGAUCGAAUUAAAAUAGAAAAAUUCCUAAGUUUCUGUGAUUUGUCGUUUUCUGUGAAUAUAAAAGUUUAUUGUUGA